CAGUCACAGUGUUUCUGUGUGCAACAAUGUGGCACGAGAGUUACGAUGAAAUGAUGAAAAUGAUCAUCUCAAUGUUCAGGCUGGACAAAUACAGACCAAGGAAUAACACCAUCAAUGAUGUGAAAUUUGAGUCCCACAUUUUCUUUGACGAUGCUUUUAAAGACGUGAAAGGCAGCAAAGAACGACAUGUGAACGAAUAUGCAGAGGACCUGGUGGAAGUCGUCAAAGAGGUUUACAAGAUUUUCAAUGAGGAGGAUAAAGGCAUCUUCAGAAAAGCGCGAACCCUCCCAUGGCAAAGGAUCAUUCGUACCCCUUAUGGUGGUAGACUGGAGUACACCCUCCCUCAUGGAAACCUGCUGAUGGUGCACUUUAAGGACAAAGAUCUCAUCCGGCACAAGAAGAGGUGGUCUCAGAUUAUGUACUUGUACUACCUUCUCGGCUGGCGACUCACCACCAAGUAUUUCAAGAAAUUUGAAGGAUUUGAAAAGCAGGAGGAACAGUUUCAAAAAGAAGUGGAUGAAGAGUUUGAAAAUGAAGGGCAAAACGGGGAAAAAGAAGAGGAAAUAGAGCGCAAACUCAGAAUGGAUAUGGAGAAAGAGAAGGCCAACACCUACCUCCUGGCUCUGGAUGGGGACACAGACUUCCAGCCUUCUGCUGUAAUGCUCCUGAUAGAUCGACUGGUACGCUACCCAGAUGUAGGUGCGGCAUGUGGAAGGAUCCAUCCAACAGGCACAGGUCCUAUGGUUUGGUACCAGAAGUUUGAGUAUGCUGUGGGCCACUGGCUUCAGAAGACAGCAGAGCAUGUGUUUGGUUGUGUGCUCUGCAGCCCCGGAUGCUUCAGUCUCUUCAGAGGUGCAGCCCUCAUGGACGACAACGUGAUGAAGAGAUACACCAUCAAGGCCUCAGAGGCUGCCCACUAUGUACAAUACGAUCAAGGUGAAGACCGCUGGCUCUGUACUCUCCUUCUGCAGCAGGGCUGGAGGGUGGAGUACAACGCUGCAUCAGAUGCCUACACCAAUGCCCCUCAGGACUUCAAGGAGUUCUACAACCAGAGACGGCGCUGGGGUCCCUCCACCAUGGCCAACACCAUUGACCUCUUAGGGUCAGGGUCUCUGACCUCCAAGAGGAACCGCUCCAUAUCUCAACCAUUUAUCCUCUACCAGGUUCUCAGCAUGGCUGCUUCUAUCCUAGGCCCGGCCACCAUCUGCUUAAUGCUCUCAGGAUGCUUUGCACUUGUCCUUAAGAUAGAAGCCAACCUUGCUUUGGCAUUUGCUGUGGUUCCUCCUGUCAUAUAUCUGAUUCUGUGCUUCAAGCUGAAGUCAGACACACAGAUCACCAUAGCAGCCGUCUUGAGUGUCUUGUAUGCUUUCCUCAUGAUAGCAACUGCACUUUCCAUCAUAGGUAAUAUGGUUACGGAGAACACCGUUUGGACCCCCAGCGCACUGUUUCUCAUUUUUAUGGUGCUGAUGAAUGUCACCACAGCGGCUCUCCAUCCCAAGGAGUUCCCUUUGAUCAUCUAUGGCUUCCUCUACUUCAUCUGUAUCCCCAGUGGCUACCUCCUGCUGACCAUUUACUCCAUGGUCAACAUGAACAAUGUGUCCUGGGGCACCAGGGAGACAGGUGGCCCAGCUGCUCCUAAACCACCAACCCAGACCAUCACACAGCGCAUCCUACAGGCCAAGUGCUGCAAAUGUCCCUGUUGGGACUGUGGUAAACUGGAAGACCAGAAUGGCCAGGGGACAGAAACAGUAGCAAUGACUGAAAAGCCAGAGGCCAACCCUGAUCGGAUCUGUCAGGGAAAUGACGGAAAUGCACAAAGCCAUUCCCUUCCAGAAAUUGAUCAAAACUGGGUAACUCAGCUACAGAAUAAGUCCCAAGACUUCCCUCUGAACGAAGAAUUGCUUUUGAUGGAAGAGGAGAACUUCUGGACAGAGCUCCAAAAGGUCUAUCUGGAACCUCUGCCUGAGGAUAAACAAAAAAAGCAGAAAAUUGCAAAUGACCUGUUGGAUCUUAGAAAUAAGACCUAG